AUGUCUAACGAUAAGCACAUUCUGCUGCGAGCAGCGGAGAAUGAUGAUCUGGAGUUUUUUGAGAAAGUGUUGAGUUUGGAGAUGGACUUGAGUUUAGGAAUGGACGUCGAUGCCGUGCAUGACCAUGAAGGCGUGUCUAGGACACCUUUCAUGGUGGCCUGCAUGCACGGCAGUAUAGGUGUAAUCAGGUUGCUACUGUCUAGGAAGAAGGUAUUCGUCGAAUACAAGAGCAGUGACGGGAAAACUGCGAUCGAUUGGGCUAGGGAAAGGAGUUUGCCUCAGGAUGUGAUCCACGAUAUAAUAUUAGCUGCGAGGGAUUGGUUGAUAAACAACUACAAAAUUACCCCCUGUCCCACUACAUGCGGACGCUCAACAUGUCCAUUCUUGCACACCGGGGAGUUGAAAAGAAGAGAUCCGAAUAGAUAUGGUUAUUCGGCAGCAUUGUGCAACUACUUUACCGAAAAACGUUGCAGAGAUGGGGCGAUGUGCCAAAAUGCGCAUGGGAAGAUUGAGAAGGAUUACCACCCCGACUUGUUUAGGACUCGGAGGUGCUACUGGGGAGAACAAUGUUCCAGGAAGGGCAUAUUGACUUGUAGUUUCGCACACUAUGGGGAAGAAGGCAUCUUGAGAAACCGAGCUCCUAGACAACCUAACCCUGUUCCUGACCGAGCUCCAGGAAGACGAGCUCCUGGAAGAGUACCUCUGCCCGAGAAUGAUUUUGUUUCUAUCCCGUCACUGAAUCCCAGCUAUUUCUCAACAGUAGCAGGGCACUGGGAGAUCAUCCAUGAGCCACUGUAUGAGCAACCAUGGCAUUUUCUUUGA